AUGUGUUGGAACAAGAGAAAAAGGUUUAUGAGAGCUAUAUUCAAAAGAAAUGGAGGUUGUGGAUGUAGCAACCCUAAAUCCUAUGAAGUACUCCAACCCACCCCAAUUCCAGAAAACACAAACCCUACCACUUCCGGCGACAAAGACAACAACCAUGAAAACCCUAACAACGACAACAUGCGAAUACCAAAUUCAAAACUCAUUGACAGUGUGGCGAUUGAGAAGGAUUCGAAGGACCCGCACAAGGAUUUUCGAGACUCCAUGCUCCAAAUGAUCUUCCAGAGACAAAUCUUCACCAAAACCGAUCUUCAAGACCUUCUCGAGUGCUUCCUCCGCUUGAACGCCGUCUGUCACCACCAAGUUAUCGUUCAAGCUUUCAUGGAGAUUUGUCACGAAACUUUCCCCAAGAAGAAUAUCAACACCGCAGACGAUAGCAAAAUCUGA